AUGUGCUCAGCCACACAGCGCCGAUGCCAAGGGCAGCGACAGGCGUCUUCGUCUCUGCAAGCAUCUCCAGGCCCAGGUAGGACCCGUCCGUCCAGUCCGCCCAUAUAUCCAUCCCAUCACCACAACUCACUCACCUCCCUCACCCACAACCACCACCACCACCACCACCACCAACCAACAGCCACCAUGUCCAACCCCCUCGACACCGACCCCGGCUCCGAGCUGCUCGCCUCCUACGAGGCCGACUUCAAGCUUACCCAAGCCGACAUCUCCCAAAAGCUCGACCAGAUCCCGGACCUACAGGGCGAGCCCCGCAAGGCCGCCAUCCGCGCCGCCGAGCGUGCUGUCGACGAGGCCGACGAGAUCAUUGGCCAAAUGACCCUCGAGCUCUCCAACAUCCCCUCCACGCUCCGAAACAAGAUCAAACCCCGCCUCCGCAACUACACGCACGACCUCGACGUCUCCCGCUCCACGCUGCUCAAGCUCUCGCAGAACAGCGACCGCGCCACCCUCUUCGGCGGCCGCGGCGGCAGCGGCGGUGCCGGGGGCAGCGGUGACGCCGUCGUGGACCAGCGGCAGCAGCUGCUGAGCGGGACGGACCGGCUGGAGCGGUCCUCGCAGCGGCUGCGCGACAGCCAGCGGCUGGCGAACGAGACGGAGGGCAUUGGCGCGAGCAUCCUGGGCGACCUGUAUGCGCAGAGGAGCCAGAUUGAGAAUACCCAUAAUACGCUGAAUGAUAGUGAGCGCUACUUGGAUAGGAGUAUCAAGACGCUGAGGGGGAUGGCGCGUAGGAUGGCUACAAAUCGGAUGAUUACGAUUGCAAUCAUAACGGUGCUUGUGUUGCUGAUUAUGGCGGUCAUUGUGUCAAAGUUUCGUUAG